GUUGUACGGCUCUAGUGGUGUGUCGAAAUCACGAACAUCAUGGCACGGCAAAUAAUAUUGGCCGCAUUGGUGAUACUCGUGUCUGUUUUACAUCAGGGAUGGGCUUCGAGGAUCUUGGCCAUAUGCCCGACACCUUCGAUCAGCCAUCAAGUCGUGUUUCGUGGACUGACAAUGGCUCUGAGGGACAGAGGCCAUGAGCUCGUUGUCGUAACGACUGACCCAGUCAACGAUCCAGCCCUGAAAAACUACACGGAGAUAAACAUCAAUUUUCUAUACAGGGACUUUAUGGGGGAAGUGGAUUGGGUCGCAAAUCGGAAAAACAAAGUUUGGUUUGAUAUAAUAACAUCAUGGAUUUCACAGUAUACAUCGCAAACCGAUCGCGUCCUAAACCUUCCAGAACUCAGGAGCCUCUAUGCACCUGACAGUGGGCAAAAGUUUGAUCUUCUACUUAUCGAAACGCUCUAUUGGCCCACAUUUUUGUCCUUCGGUCAACGGUUCGACGUCCCAAUAAUAGGUAUCACGUCUCUGGCGCUGCCUGCUAAUGUUCAGUACGAAAUUGGAAAUGCCAUACUGUCUUCUCACCCAUCGAAUUGGGAUUGCGGUGCGACGGUUUUGGGAAAGUUGACGCUAUGGCAGAGACUGAAAAAUUUCGUGAAGACGUGGAGAUAUCUGUACUGGUACAGAACCGAUUUCAUGCCAGCGAAUCAGGCGAUCGCAAGAAAAUAUUUUGGAAAUAAUGUACCUGAUCUCCGAGAUCUUGAAAAAAACAUUAGCUUGAUUUUUGUUAAUCAACAGGCACCGAUUUCACACGUUAGACCAAAUAUUCCGAAAAUUAUCGAAAUUGGUGGAUUUCACGUCUCGAAGCAGGUGAAACCUCUCUCGAAGGAUCUUGAGAGGAUCUUGGACAAUGCCACGCAAGGCUUUAUAUACAUGAGCCUUGGAUCGAAUGUUAAAAGUGCCAUGUUGAGUGAUAAAAUACGAGGCGAAUUCAUCGCGACGUUCUCAAAACUGCCCUACACAAUUAUUUGGAAAUUCGAGGAUGAGUUCCUUCCCGGCCGACCGGACAACGUGGUAGUCAUGAAGUGGGCCCCACAGCAGUCCAUUUUAGCGCAUCCAAACAUAAAAGCUUUCAUAUACCAAGGAGGACUUCAGAGUACCGAAGAAGCGAUUUCUCACGGUGUUCCCGUGAUCGGGUUACCGGUACUGGCUGAUCAGGAUACAAUAAUCGAUAAAAUGUCGUCUCUGGGGGUUGGGAAAAAGUUGGAAAUCCUCAAUUUCAACAGCGAAGAUUUACUUGACGCGAUAUACUCCGUUGUGCAGGAUGGCAGCUACAAACAACGGAUGUUGAACUUGCGGGAUUUGAUAAGAGACAAGCCGUACGAUUCUUUGGAUAACGCGGUUUGGUGGACGGAACACGUGAUACGUCACAAGGGUGCUCCUCAUCUCCACUCGACGACCGCCGACGAACCCUGGUAUCAGCGUCAGGACAUGGACUUGAUUUUCUUGAUUUCUGCUGGAUUUUUGACGGCUUUUAGCUUGAUAUUGGUCGUGUUAUACGAAUUAUCAGUUUACAGUAUUCGUGUGUUCAAGUAUCAAAUAGCGGCUAGUAAAAAAGACAAACUCAGGAAACCAGUUAUUGAAUUGAUAAAUAUUCCUUUCGAUGCUAGCGACUGCACAUCCGCGCAUCCCAAUUUAAAAGUUUUCAUAUACCAAGGAGGACUUCAGAGCACAGAGGAGGCAGUUUCUCAUGCCGUUCCUGUGAUCGGAUUACCAGUUUUCUGCGACCAAGAAUCUAACGUCGACAAGAUUGUCUCGCUUGGAGUUGGUAAGAAGUUGGACAUCUUUAGCGUCGACAGAUUCGAUCUAAUGGAAGCGAUACACUCCAUCGUGCGCGAUGACAGCUACAAACGAAGCAUGCUGAAACUGCGGGACUUGAUAAGAGACGCGCCGUACGAUUUGAUGAAGAACGCGGUUUGGUGGACGGAACACGCGAUACGUCACAAGGGUGCUCCUCAUCUCCACUCGACGACCACCGACGAUCAUUGGUAUCAGCGGCACGACAUGGACUUGAUUUUCUUAAUUUCUGCUGGAUUUUUGACGACUCUUGGCUCGAUACUGGUCGUGUUGUACAAAUUAUUACUUUACAGUGUUCGUGUGUUCAAGUAUCAGAUAGCGGCUAUUAAAAAAGACAAAGUCCAAGUCUGUGGUGUACGGUGCUGGUGGUGUGUCGAAGACGCGAACGUCAUGGCACGGAAAGUGAUAUUGGCCGCAUUCGUGGUACUCGUGUGUGCUUUACACCCGGGUUGGGCUUCGAGGAUAUUGGCCAUAUGUCCGACGCCUUCGAUCAGUCAUCAAAUCGUUUUUCGAAGGCUGACAAUGGCUCUGAGAGAGCGAGGCCAUGAGCUUGUUGUCGUGACGACUGACCCAGUCGACGAUCCAGCCUUGAAAAACUACACGGAGAUAAAUAUCGAUUUUCUAUACAGGGACUUUCUGGGGAAAGUGGAUUGGGUAGCACAGCGGAGAAACAAAGCUUGGUUUGAUACAGUGAUAGAAUGGUCUGAUCGGGGUAAAUUGCAUACCGAACGUAUCCUAAACCUUCCAGAACUUAUGAGCCUCUAUGCACCUAACAGUGGGCAAAGGUUUGAUCUUCUACUUAUCGAAAUGCUUUACUGGCCCACAUUUUUGUCCUUCGGUCAACGGUUUGACGUCCCAAUUAUAGGUAUCACGUCUCUGGCGCUGCCUGCUAAUGUUCAGUACGGAAUUGGAAGUCCCAUACUGUCUUCUCACCCAUCGAAUUGGGAUUGCGGUGCGACGGUUGUGGGAAAGUUGUCGCUAUGGCAGAGGGUGAAAAAUUUCGUGAAAACGUGGAGAUUUCUGUACUGGUACAUGACCGAUUUCAUGCCAGCAAAUCAGGCGAUCGCAAGAAAAUAUUUUGGAAAUAAUCUACCUGAUCUCCGAGAUCUUGAGAGAAACAUUAGCUUGAUUUUUGUUAAUCAACAUGCACCGAUCACAUACGUUAGACCAAACACUCCAAAGAUUAUUGACAUUGGUGGAUUUCACGUCUCGGAGCAGGUGAAACCUCUCUCGAAGAAUCUUCAGAAGAUUUUGGACGAAGCUACGCAAGGUUUCAUAUACAUGAGCCUUGGAUCAAACGUCAAAAGCGCCUUGUUAAGUGAUGAAAUACGAGGUGAAUUCGUCACCACGUUCUCAAAACUGCCCUACACCGUUAUUUGGAAAUUCGAGAAUGAGUUUCUUCCCGGCCAGCCGGACAACGUGAUAAUCAUGAAGUGGGCCCCACAGCAGUCCAUUCUAGCGCAUCCGAAUAUAAAAGCUUUCAUAUACCAAGGAGGGCUACAGAGUACCGAAGAGGCAAUUGCUCACCGUGUUCCUGUGAUCGGGUUACCAGUAUUUGUCGAUCAGGAUUCAAUAAUCGACAAAAUGUCGUCCCUGGGGGUUGGGAAGAAGUUGGAAAUCCUCAAUUUCAACAGCGAAGAUUUACUUGACGCGAUACACUCCGUUGUGCAGAAUGGCGGCUACAAACAACGGAUGUUGAAGUUGCGGGAUUUGAUGAGAGACAAGCCGUACAAUUCAUUGGAGAACGCGGUUUGGUGGACGGAACACGUGAUACGUCACAAGGGUGCUCCUCAUCUCCACUCGACGACCGCCGACGAUCCUUGGUAUCAGCGGCAGGACAUGGACUUGAUUUUCUUAAUUUCUGCUGGAUUUUUGACGGCUCUUAGCUUGAUACUGGUUGUAUUAUACAGGAUAUUAGUUAACAGUAUUCGUGUGCUCAAGUAUUCACAGCUGUUGGUCAGCAGGAAGAAAAAAGUAUAUUAA